ACCUGCAGGUAGAGGGUCUGUUCAGGGUGCCAGGUAACAGUGUGCGGCAGCAGGCCCUGAAGGAGCAGCUGAACAGUGGCGCAGACAUCGACCUGGAGGCAGGGGGCUUCCACCCCAACGACGUGGCCACCCUCCUCAAGACCUUCCUGGGAGAGCUACCUGAACCCCUCCUCACGCACCAACACUUCCAUGCUCACCUCAAAAUAGCAGACAUGAGUCUGUUUGAUGAACAAGGCAACAAGACGUCAGUACCUGAUAAGGAGCGCCAGAUUGAGGCCUUACAGCUCCUCUUCCUGCUGCUGCCCCAGGCCAACCGCACUCUCAAACUGAUCCUGGACCUGCUCUACCACACCGCCAAGCAGCAGGACAAGAACAAAAUGUCCGCCUUCAACCUCGCUUCCCUCAUGUGCCCCCACGUCGUGUGGCCCAGAGAUAUGGUGGCCAGUGACCUCCAGGAGAAUCUGAAGAAGCUUAACAACGGCAUGGCCUUCCUCAUCAAACACUCCCAGAAACUAUUCAGGGCUCCUAUGUACAUGAGGGAGCAUGCCAGAAUGCACUUCACAGGAUCUAAGACCCUGCAGACCAAGGAUGAUAUGGACCUGUCAUCUGUGACUGGUUUCCCUGCCCCUGUUCCCUGGAAGAGGUGUUGUGCUGACCCGUCUCAGUACCUGUCCCCCUCCUCGUCGUCCCAGGGCCAGCAGCACCACACAGAGGAGUCCCUGAAGGAGCUGUUCAGACACGUCCAUGACAACAUGCCCAACUCUGCCAAGAAGAAGAAACUCCUACGACAGCUUGCUAAACAGACCACCCCGGCCUGGCCCCAGGGACAC